AUGAAGUUCACCGCCGCCACCCUCCUUCUCGCCGCCGCCGCCUCUGCUCUUGACGUUGUCACCGACGGCUCCAAGCCCUUUGGCAUCAUGUCUCUGCGAUCCGCCUCCGCCAUCCACCUCUCCUCGGUAGGCGUCUCCGGUGACGCUCUGACCAUUGGCUCUUCCGGCGCCAAGUUCACCAUCAAGGACGGCGUCCUCUACGCCGACGACAAGGCCAUUGACUUCUCCUCCGGCGAGGCCAAGGUCGCUUCCGACGGCAAGGGUACCUCCGGCGUCACCCUCGAGAAGGGCUACGUGACCGUCCCCGGCUUUAACUGGGCCGGCUGCCCCGAGGGCAACGGUUACGCCGUCGACGACAACUCCAAGUGCGAGGACGACGGAAUCCCCUUCGGCGCCUACGCUGUUGCUGACACCUCCGCAGAGUCUUCUGCCGCCCCCGCCUCUUCUGCCGCCGCUGCCGAGUCCUCUGCCGCCCCCUCUUCCGCUGCUGAGGCCAAGCCCACCGCUGGAGGUAACACCGGCGCCGUCGUCACCCAGAUCGGUGACGGCCAGAUCCAGGCUCCCCCCUCUGCUCCUCCCGCUGCCCCCGAGCAGGCCAACGGCGCCGUCUCUGUCGGUGUUUCUGCCGCCGCUCUCGGUGUCGCUGCCGCCGCUCUCCUCAUUUAA